CCCGCAUCCACAACAUCAACUGACCUCUUACCACCAACCACACCCACCUCAACCCACCACAGCCAUGUAACACACCCCGCCCGGCCCCGACCAUGGCAACCUCCGAGUCCAAACUCGACCAAAUCGUCAAAGGCGUGCCGCCGCCCAACGUCUCCCCCGCCCAAAUCGCCGCAUCAGCCAAAGCCUCCUCGCCCACCAACACCACCAACACCAACCGCCCCAUCGCCCCCCAACUCCCGCACAGCAGCACCAUCACCGACCCCCGCGACGCCCUCCCUUCCAGCCCGCCGCAAAUUUACCUCAAUCUCCUCAUCCUCGAGUCCUCCCUGCGCCUGCAGUACCUCAGUCUCCGCGCGCGCCUACGCGUCAAUCUCCUCCUGCUGCUCACUCUCCUCCUAUGGAACUGGACCUUCACCUACCUCCUCUUUUUCCGCCCACGAGAAGAUGGCUCCGGCGUGGGUGGUAGCGUGUACUGGGCCAUUGAGACGAUUGAGAAGCUGGGCUGGUGCUCGGGCAUCGUGACGCUGUGUCUCUUCUGGGGAACAGGGAUGUACGAGCGCGGAGUACGGUGGCCACGGAAAUUCGUAGGUACGACGAAUCGCGGCCUGCGCGGGUUCAACAUGAAGGUCGUCGUCGUGCGCGAUUCCUUUUUCAUGGAGCUCUGGGGAUGGCUGGGCGUCUUGGAUCCUCUAGGCUGGUUCCGAGACGACCGAGUGCAGUUUCAAGUUCUACCAAAAGACAUCGAGGCGACAGGAGGCGGAGGGAAAGAACAGCACUGGAACCACCACGCCAGUCGCCACGGCUUGGUAGAAGAGGACAUCGCGCCCUCCGGCGACGUGCUCAAAGUCCUCCUCCUCCCGAAACCCUUCUCCCCCGACUUCCGCGAAGGCUGGGAAACAUACCGACUCGAAUACUGGGAGCGCGAGAACGCGCGCCGCGCCGAGCUGCGCAAACUCUACCACGCGCGCAUCCGCGAAGUCGCGCGGCGCGAAGGCGGAUGGCUCUGGUGGACGGGCUGGAGAGGCUGGAACCGCAUGGCAAUGCUCGGCAACGCAGGGAAGAGCCGACGGCAAAUCGAGCUGGAGAAGAUUGCCGUGCGGCCCCGCGUCUCGCACGAGGCGGUCAAGGAACGAAGGAAGAAUUCCCUCCUGCUUCGCCAUCCGGCUGAUCGCGCCGAUUCCCAUUCCCGAUCUUCCUCUCGCUCUACAACGCCCACUCCCGACCCAGAUUCGCCACAUGGUCGGCCUAGGAAGCCGGGUGAGCGGGAACGGACGAGAAGAGGCAGUAGUACCGGCUCGCAGAAGACGCGACUAAAGAAGCUCGCCGCGCCGCCUUCGAGCCGUCUUUCAGCCUCAGGAACAGUUCUGCAGAACGACGAGGUCGUGCGGCCGCUGGAGAAGCGGGCGAGCACCAUCAGCAUUUCGUCAAAGGAGAGCGAGGAGAGUGUGCCGCUUAAGAAGGACGAUGCGGACGGGGGCGUCGAGAUCAAAGUCGAGCCUCCUGAGGCGUGAUGUGAAUUAGAU